AUGGCAGCGCUCAAUUCGCGUUGGUGUGGCAUGGCUGUGUUCGUGUUUCUCUGGGUGUGCGCCUGGUUUGCGUCCUCGGUGACUGCAGGAGGCUGGUAUGGCGGCGCCAUUCGGGUCAAUGCUGGGGAGUCCAUUCAAGAUGCAAUCACCAGCGCUCAUCCGGGACAAUUGAUUUUGGUUGGCGCGGGCACGUACGCAGAACAGUUGACGAUCUCCACCGAUGGCCUACAGUUGGUGGGCCAAGGAGCCAUCCUGGUGCCUCCCAGUUCUUAUGGACAAAACACCUGUUCUGGCCUGGCCGGACCUGGCACAGAAGCCGGUAUAUGCGUAACAGGACAGGACAUUGAGCUGGCCGACUUUGUGGUGGAGCACAGGAAGGUCCUCUCGGUGGGCCGUACCGUGCAGGGCGUCCUGGUCACGGGUUUCGAAGUGCAAGGGUUCUCCGGACUAGACGUCGCAGUGGUGGGUGGUCAAGAUGUCCAGGUGAAAGCCAACAUGCUCUACGACGGCGCACAGUACGGCUGCUUGACCGUGGGCUCGAAGAGCAGCCGCAUCUACACCAACAACGUCGCCUCCACCACGGGAAAUCAGCUCUUCAUCGGCAUCUGCGCGGACGACAUGUCCGACGUGCAGGUCGCACAGAACCAUAUCGAUGGCUACUCGGUCGGACUUUGCAUUCAAACAGACGGCGCGUACAUGUACGGCAACGACGUGGCCAAUGCCUGCUACGGCGCCUUCGUGGACCCCGGCGUCACUGGCGCGCAGGUCAUCAGCAACCACAUCCACGACGGCAACCCUGUCUGCGCGACUGUGCCUGGCGGCGCCUUGAUCGGCAUUACCAUGCUCGGGGCCUUCGGGGCCCAGGUCCAGGCGAACCUCGUCGAGGGCAUGACGGCGGGCGGCACAAAUGGCAGCGCAGCCGGAAUCGCAAUCCUGAAUGACCCAGUGACGGGACUCAACUCAUCCAACAACGUGGUGACGGCAAAUGUCCUGCGUGAUAAUAACGUCGACAUCUUCGUGCAAACCCCCGGGCUGGGGAAUGUCGUGGAGGGGAACCAGUGCUCGACCCCAGCCGAGUUGUGCGGCUAG